AUGCGGUACAACCUGGUGCCAGGUACGAGAAGUUACGUGAAGAUGACCGUGCGGAACAUCCUUGGAUAUGACACCGCGACGGCGUGCAAGAACGAAAGCAGUCUCCUGUUCUCCUCCACUGACGAAGCGGUGCACAACUACACGAAGCAGCUGUGGGCCAAUCGACUGUCUGGGAACAAUUUCGUGAUCGGUGGGGUGAGCGUCGCGAACAAGGACACUUGGAUAUUUCCAGAU